AUGGGCAGCGCGGCCGCUCCGCUGCGGGUGCUGGUGGACAUGGACGGCGUCCUGGCCGACUUCGAGGGCGCGGUGCUGCGGGGCUUCCGCGCCCGCUUCCCCGGGGAGCCGGGGGUGGAGCUGGCGGAGCGGAGGGGCUUCUCGGUGCGGGAGCAGUACCGCUGCCUGCGGGAGGACCUGGGGGCUAAGGUAGCCAGCGUCUAUGAAUCGCCUGGCUUCUUUCUAGGCUUGGAUCCAAUUCCAGGAGCCCUUGAAGCUAUGCAGGAGAUGAUCCACAUGCAGGAUACGGAAGUCUUUAUUUGCACAAGUCCUCUCCGGAAAUACGAACACUGCAUCGUGGAAAAGUAUAAGUGGGUAGAAAAACAUUUGGGACCCGAGUUUGUGGAGCGGAUUAUUCUAACCCGAGAUAAGACCGUCGUAUCUGCUGACUUGCUGUUUGAUGACAAGGAUACCAUUAGAGGCGCAGAGCUGAACCCGAGCUGGGAGCACGUCCUGUUUACCUGCUGCCACAACAGGCACGUCCAGCUGCAGGCACCGCACAGGCGGCUGCUCUCCUGGGCGGACGAUUGGAAGGCCAUCUUGGAAAGCAAGCGCAGGCAGUAACACAAGAAGGGGAUGCUGUUGCUCUUUCCCACUGCCAAGGCAACAACCAGCUUACCUGCUGGCAGGGAAAAACCCAUUCCCAGAAGCAGCGAGCACCAUCACCGGGGCACCACAGGGGUCAGUUACGAUAAGAAAUGAACUGCCCUUGUUAGACGUACUGCAGAGCUGACUCCUCUCCAGGUUUCUGGAAGAUUGCUCUGCAUUCAGUUAGUUAACCUCCAUAGAGUUGUUUUGGGUGUUUGCUGUUAGUGAAGAGAAACAAUAAAAUACAAGCAGUUGUG